AUGGGGGCCCGGAGCUGGCAGCGACGCGCGAGGCGCGCGCUGCUGCGGCUCCUGGUCCCUUUUCUGGUGAGCCUCGGCUUGGCUCAGAAGGCCUGGGUGGGGGCUUCGACGGCCACGGCGGCGGCUGGUCGGCUUAGUCGAGGAAGGAUCCUGGCCGCACGCAGCUGGGGAGUCGGCCCACUGGGCCCGGUUGAAAGCGCCGCGGCCUUCCGAAUUUAUUAUCUGCCUUUCGUGGAGCCUCUCGACAUCGAUGGCAACCUCCUGGACCAGCUCUUUGGCGGCUGGUUUGGGCCUGUGGCCCCUUUGUUGCUGGGGGUUCUGGUCUUCUGGAUCCAAGGCCAGAUCAACGCAGUUCGCCGGGAGCAGGAAGGAAAAGUCUUAAGUUCGGCCGCCAAAGCGGUUGGCUCUGCAGCCAGCGGCGCUGCCAGCAGCGCCGCUAGCAGCCUCUCGGAGAGGCUCUUGUCCUUACCGAAGGAGCAGUGGCUGAAGCUGCUCAUCUGCUUGGCCAUCGACCUCGCCGGUGACGCGACCUUCCUGCUCCCAGGUUUGGGGGAGCUCGGAGAUGUGGCAUACGCACCUCUGGAAGCCGUUGCCCUGCGCUUCUUGUUCGGUGGCGCUGGGCUUUCUGUCCUCGGCUUCUUCGAGGAAGCUCUGCCCUUCACUGAUGCCUUGCCCACCGCCACGACCGGUUGGGUUCUUCAAACGCUCUUCAGCGACUCUCCCGUCGCCAACCUCUUGGGGGUCCAGCCAUUGCAGAAGGCCGAGAAUGAGAAGAAGCCGUGA